GAGCCCGAGGCCAAGAUGGGCGAGGUGGUUGAGGAUAUUGACUUGACUGCCGAGAAGAGCUACGUGCGCAAGGUGGACCUCUUCCUGCUGCCGUUGCUGUGCUUGAGCAACUUGGCCAAUGCAAAAACGGACGGAAUGGACGACGACCUCAGCUUGAAGGGCAACGAGUAUUCGUUGAUUGUCUUGCUGUUCUACAUUCCCUUUGGCCUGUGCGACCUGCCAUGGAAUCUGCUACUAAAGCGCUAUUCCGGGCGGAUCAUGCUGUCCUUCAUGACGGUGAUCUGGGGCGUUCUCGCGCUCUGCCAAUGCGCUGCCAAAAACUUCGGAGGAAUGCUGGCCAUUCGCAUCAUCCUGGGCAUCUUCGAGGCCGGAUUCUUCGCCGGCGCCACCUUCUACUUCACGCUCUUCUACACCCGCGGCGAAAUGGGCUUCCGACUGGCCAUCAUGCAGUCCUUCGCCGUGCUGGCCUCUGCCUUCAGCGGGCUGAUCUCCUUCGGCGUCUUCCAAAUCAACUACCCAGCAGUUCACGGCUGGCAGUGGCUCUUCAUCAUUGAAGGGUCCAUGACGCUAUUGACAGGAAUUAUCGGAUUCUGGUGGCUCCCCGACCGACCGCAAACCGCGUGGUUCUUGAACGAGCGCGAGCAAAAGGCCGCCACGGCACGUCUUCUGCGCGAUACAUCCUCCGAGGUCGAGACAGGAUUAGACUUGAAGUCGGCAUUCCAGACAUGGAAGGACUGGAAGUUUCCCAUCUGGUGCAUCAUCACCUUCACGUAUCCGGUCGCCUACGCGACCGCGAUGAACUUCUUCCCACUGAUCGUGCAGCGACUGGGCUUUUCGACGGUGAAGACGAAUCUGUGGACGGUUGCGCCGAAUCUCGUAGGGGCGGUCAUCCUGCUCUGCGUGGCCAAGUCGUCGGACUACUUUCGCGAAAGAGGAUUCCACAUUGUAUUUUCGCUGAUAUUGUCGCUCGUUGGAAUGAUCAUCCUCGCGACCAUCGAUGUCCUCGCGAACAAAGGCGUCGCGUAUUUCGCCUGCUUCCUGAUGGCUGCGGGCGCAUAUAUUCCCUCGUGUCUCGUCCACGCCUGGCACAACAAUAACAACGUCCACGAGAACUCACGAGCAGCAAAUACCGGAUUCUUCGUGGGACUGGGGAAUCUGGCAGGGGUCCUAAGCGCCGCGACGUUUCGCACGGAAUACGCGCCCAAAUACAUUCCCACCCUCCUGGCGACCUGCUGCUGCAACGGCGUCUGCAUCGUCUUCGCGACCGGCCUCGCCAUCUGGAUGCGCCUAGAAAACCGACGACGAGACCACGAGCAGGGAACGCACCGGCGCGGCGAAGACGUCGACACGCGGCAAUUAUCAGCGGGGGAAGACAGAUCUCCUGCACUCCUUACCGCUGUAUAUGAAUCAUUGCCUCUGCAUCUGCUUCGUAAUGUCUGCACCAUGAAAACCCACGCGUGUCAGUGGCCCAACUGCCAGAAAACAUUCACUCGCGCAGAGCAUCUGCGUCGCCAUGCCUUGAACCACGAACAGGCGAGGAAUGGCUAUACCUGCGAGCGCUCACGACACAUGAUGCGUCACGCCAAACGCGACGAAGAGGCCGGGGGUCCUGGUCUCGGCGUGCUCGAGACUCGCAAGAGAACUCGUCGCGCCGGCGAUGGAUCCAUCGUGACGAGACCGGCGAAGCGACAGGGUCGACGGCCUUCGCAUACUACGGCGUCGUUGUCGGACGACACUGAGCAUCCGCAUGGAGCGCCCGUCUCGCCUCCUGGGUCGGCGAGCGAUCCUCCCUCGCUGUCUCUGGACGAGACAGAUUCGCUACUGGCGCCGAUGAUGCCGGGAGGACCGUUCGAGCCGUUUGUCGAGCCUAUACCGGGGCAGUUUGAUGCGGCAGAUGGACCGUGGAGUUUAGGGCUGGAGCCGCAGGGGUUGGGCGAUGGGUUUGGUUUGGAUACUGCAACCGACUUCAACAUGCCCUUCGCCGCCACGCACAACUACAACUGGCUGUUCGACGUCGCCUCGCUCGACGACGCCUUCCAUCAGCUCGAUCUCCCUUUGGGGCCUGACAUGAUGACCUUCGCAGACGCAUUAGACACACCCCCAGCAAGUUUGGAUGUCCCCGACGCAGACAAACUGCUGGACCUGGACGGAUCGUCGGUCCUUCUACAGGCAGCCUCCUACGUCGAGCGCAAUCGCGACGUCAAUCUGACCCUGAACGCACUGGACAUGGACUGGAUGGGCCCCAGUAUUCUCGAUGCCAGUCCAGCACCGCAUCUCCCGCGUCUCACAGAGGACGUCCGACAAGGAAUACUGGGUCUGGUGAACCACGAUGCACUCCUCCUCGCGCAAUCCGACACUCUUCUCAGCCUCUCCUCCAUUCAAAGCUACAGCGACCUGUUCUUCACGCGCUUCAACACUGUCUACCCACUUAUCCACCAACCCACCUUCAGUCCAACAGCCGUGCAACCCGUCUUCAUGGCCUCCAUCCUCUGCAUGGGAGCCACUUACAGCACGCGCGAAGCCCACCAGCUCGCCGUCAGCCUACACGAGCACCUGCGCACACAGCUCUUCUGCAACGAGGCAUUCUCGCCGUCGCCCUCUCUCUGGGUCCUGCAGACGAUGCUCCUAAUCGACUGUUUCGGCAAGAUGCGCGCAGGUCCUAAACAACGCGAAAUGGCCCAGCUCUUCCACUGCGUCCUUAUCAAACUCAUCCGACGCAGUGGAGCCUGCAACAUCCGACACACCGGGACCAGCGACUUCUCCGCGUCAGGCAUCGAGCAAGACUCAGACACCGACGAUGUCGCUCAGACCUGGCGAUCCGCCAUGGAAGCCGAGCAGCGAAAACGCGUCGUCAUGCACUGCUUCAUGUGGGACACGCAGCACGCGGUCCUCUUCUCGCAGUCGCUAUGCAUGUCUGCGUUCGAAAUCCGGUGCUCCCUGCCCUGCAGCGCCAGUGUCUGGGAAGCCCCUACUGCAGAGGAAUGGAUGCGCGCCGGCCCCAGAGACCCAGAACAUUCAUUCCUCUCCGUGCUCAAGGGGUACAUAACACCAGGGUCAGCACCUCGCCCUCGAGACCUGAACCCCCUGGCCAGAGUCCUAAUCCUGCACGGUCUGAUGUCCGUAUCUUCGGACCUCAAACGCCGCGAUCAAACGACCAUCCGCGAGACACCAGAACGCCUGGGCGCCUGGACACGUCGAAUGGGUCGAUCCUACGAUCUAUGGAAGAUAGACUUCGACGCGGACUGUCUGUCGAGCAAACUCUCGUCUCAGCCGCAAGCAUCCACCCCUGGGACAGGUCUGAAUACCGACCCUGACCUCCGGCGUCUCCCGGCACUCAAAUCCUCGGCCCAUGCGCUCUACCGCGCCGCGCACAUCGCGCUCAACGUUGAACUACUGGAUCUACAGAUCGCAGCGGGCGCGACGCAUAUUCUCAGCCGCGGCGUCACGGACUCCGACCGCGCGAGAUCGCUGAGUAUCUUGCCUCGCUGGCUGCAGACUUCUGCGUCCGUGACGGCAGCUCGCCAUGCGGCUCAUUUACUUCAAGACGCGAUACUAAGUAUCCACGAGUGGGAGGCCCCAGACGCAUUCCACUUCCCGUGGUGUUUAUACCUGGGGACAUUAGCCUGUUGGGCCUUCCACUUCCCGCUCAGCGGCCAGGGCCAGGACCAAGGACAGGGACGAGUAACAACAGACGUAUCGUCGCUAAUCGUCGCGAUGACCAGCUGCGAAGGCGACGAGCUGGGCAGUCUCGGCGGAAAAUACGAAACGAGGGGACUGGUGAUGGCGAUGGCGCAGCAGCUAGCAGUGGUGCGGUGGGGAGUGGUGCACGAUGCGAUGAAGGUGUUGGUUAAUUUAGGGGGUCGGUAGUCGUUAGUGUGUUUCUAUGUGUACUCAAACCAUGUAUCGUAUAUCGCCACCACGCCUACCUACCUCGG